ACAGAGAACUUCGGGUGAGACCAUGAGAGAAGACUUCGAGAUUUUGAUUCUGUGCUGAAGUUUAUUGGCUUUAUAAUGGACAGCAAAUCACAAACUCCUAAAACAAACGAAUGAAACGCACAGCAUAGGCCUAACUUGCUCAAAACCUUUUACAAGAAUGGAUAUUAAGUGAGUGUCAGCUGAAGCAUCUGUUUUAGGCUAGGCUAUAUUUAAUAUGUCUGAUUUUUCACUUCGGAUCAUUGUUCGAUUUUCAUCAAACUCGAAGUGUUUUGAACGUAGGCUAUUCAUCCACUGACUCUGUGAACUCGAGGUAGGCUAAUUCACUCGGGAAAAUGCCUCGUCCUGGAAGAAACACGUACAGCGACCAGAAGCCGUCGUAUUCGUAUAUUUCGCUGACCGCGAUGGCCAUUCAAAGUUGCCCCGAGAAGAUGCUCCCUCUCAGCGAAAUAUACAAGUUCAUCAUGGACAGGUUUCCUUAUUAUCGGGAAAACACGCAGCGCUGGCAAAACUCCCUUCGCCACAAUCUUUCCUUCAACGACUGCUUCAUCAAGAUCCCACGGAGACCGGACCAGCCGGGCAAAGGCAGCUUCUGGGCUCUCCAUCCCAACUGCGGUGAAAUGUUUGAAAACGGGAGCUUCUUGAGGCGCCGCAAGAGAUUCAAAGUGAUGAUCACCUCCGAGCACAUGCAAAAACGCUCUGACGCGACGCAUUUCCUCCAGCAACAAGCAAAACUCAGAAUGACCUCUAUACCUCAGAUGACCAGCUACAACUUAAGUGUGUCUCAGCCCUCCACCUUCAAACACCCCUUUGCCAUCGAAAACAUCAUUGCCAGAGAUUACAAAAUGCCAGGAAGCCUUGCUUUCUCCACCAUGCAGUCCAUAUCCACGGGUUAUAAUAUACACAAUCAGUUGACCACAGCUUGGCCCCACAUAUAUAACAGUAAUAAUGUGAUAGACGCUGAGUAUACCGCCUAUGGAGUACCACUCAAAUCCCUGAGUCAUGGAGCGCAAAGUUUACCGGCGAUCCCUGUGCCAAUCAAACCCGCUCCAGCUUCGGUAGCGUCCAUCCCGGCGCUGCACGCGCACCUUCCAGCGUUCCUCUCCGGCUCUCCACAGUCCCUGAGUCCGACGUCUCCCGGCCAGAGCAGCCCCGCCACACCGAGCCCGACCUCGCUGCUCCAUUCGCUCGCCGUGCGCUGUCAAGAGGUCACUUAAAACUUUAAGAGGGAUUUGAAACUUUCCCGAUACACACACAUCCACGCUGAUUCACUGGCACUGACUAUAGCCUAUAAGACAA